ACCCAUUUACCAAAGCCAUAAAUCCUCAAUUAAAACCAUUCUCUAUAGUUUGAGUAACGUUAAUUAUACACACAAACAUGGGUAUUAAAGCAAGUCUUAGCCUUGUUGUGUGGCUCUUAAUUGCCACAACAACAUUAGCUCAAUCCAAUAAUGCCCCAGUCCUUGACACAAAAGGUACCCCUCUUGAGCGUGGCAAAAAGUACUACAUAAAACCUGCUAUAACAGAUAGUGGAGGGCGUUUCACUUUGAUAGAUAGAAAUGGGUCAUGCCCUUUAUAUGUUGGUCAAGAAAAUUCAGAUGCAUCAAAAGGUUUACCCGUUAUCUUCACCCCUUUUGCUAAAGAAGAUGUUGUUCUGAAGGUGAAUAGGGACUUCAAGGUGGCAUUCUCAGCUGCCACAAAGUGUGUGCAAUCCACAGAAUGGAAGUUGUUGGGUGAGAAGGAUCCUAAGAGUGGAAGAAGGCUCAUUAUCACAAGCAAUAAUGGAAGUUACUUUAGAAUUGUGGAGACCCAAUUUGGAGGUAUAUAUAAUAUUCGGUUUUGUCCUACCGAUGUGUGCCCCUUGUGUAAGUUUAAUUGUGGCACUGCUGAUGGUUUGCGUGAAAAUGGAAAGAUUUUAUUGGCCUUGGAUGGUAAUGUGCUCCCAGUUGUUUUUGAGAGAGCAUAAUAUGUGUAGCUUCUAGUAAAAAAUUUGUGUUUGUGUACUUGUAAUUGUUUUCUAAUGGUUGGAGCUACUAUGACCAUCCGCAUAAAUAGAUAUGAUCAUAAAAGAAAAGAACGAUGAGUUUAUUUCUUGUUUUCUUUUUCUUAAUUAAUAGAAUAAGGCUCCUACUCAAGUUGUUGUAUUCAUAAUUACGUAAUUAAAAAGUCAGUGUAUGUGUUUGUGGUGUCUAGUAGAAAAUGUGGCUGCCGAGUUGCGUUUUUGUCAUGGUAUCAUCGUUCAAUCAAAUUUCAUCACAUCUUACUUU